AUGAGAAAUCAAGAUAUGAUUGACCAGCUUCCUGUGCACAAUAAAGAUUUGGAGAACUGGCUUCCCGUAACAGCUUCACGCAAAGCAAAAUGGUGGUACUCCGCUUUUCACAAUAUCACGGCCACCGUUGGUGCUGGUGUACUCGGGCUACCAUUUGCCGUUUCACAACUUGGCUGGAUUCCAGGAAUCAUUGGUAUAACAAUUUCUUGGUUGGUGACAUUGUACUCCUUUUGGCAACUGAUUGAUCUGCACGAAGCGGUUCCAGGGAAACGAUUUGGUCGUUAUUCAGAAUCGAGUUUCUCGUCUCCACAGCAUAACGCUUCACUGAAAUCAGUAAUCCCCCCUGUGAUCUCUGCGAAUUCUCACGACUCAAAAGAUUGUUCCACUCUUUCAUUGGCACCAACCUGCACGAAAAUCUCGCCUUCUUUAGCACAUGCUCUGGUUCACUAUGUAACCUUAAACAUAACCCCACAACAAACUUUUAAGGAAAUAUCUGUCUCUUUACGAGUACUGGAGAAAAAGUCACCAUGUAACUUCUUAGUCUUCGGCCUAGGCCACGACAGCCUCAUGUGGACAGCACUCAACCACGGAGGGCGAACAGUUUUCCUUGAAGAAGACAAGUCGUGGAUCGAGCAAAUCAAGAAGCAAUUACCAACCUUAGAAUCAUAUCAUGUUUCAUAUGAUACUAAAGUGACUCAAGCUGAUGAGUUAAUGGAGAUUGGCAUGAGAGAAGAAUGUAAAGUUGUGGAAGAUCCAAGAUUUUCUAAAUGCAAACUUGCUCUAAAGGGAUUGCCUAGUGAAAUGUAUGACAUCGACUGGGAUUUGAUCAUGGUGGAUGCCCCGACCGGGUACUUUGAUGGGGCUCCCGGACGGAUGAGUGCCAUAUACACUGCCGGAUUGAUGGCGAGGAAUAAAGAAAUGGGUGAAACUGACGUAUUUGUGCACGACGUUGAUAGAGUUGUGGAAGAUAACUUCUCAAAGUCUUUCCUUUGUGAAGGGUACUUGCAAGAACAAGAAGGGAGAAUAAGGCAUUUCACUAUCCCAAGUCAUAGGACUCGUUUAGUGGGGAAGGUGAAGAAGGACCUGCUCACGUCAGCGACAUGGAGGGUGGGCCCGCAAGAAGAAGACAAGGAGAAAUUCAACGAUGGGAAGCUCUCAGUGACGAACCAACCAGCCACAACCCCCAUGAUGCACGUCCCUGUCAGCUGGCAGGAAGGACUUCAAAAACGACGACGUUGGAGACGACUCCCUCACUGA